CCCGGGCGGUCGCAUUGUUUUCCUCCGCGGAUCCGCGGCUGGACUCGGACCCAGGGCUCUCCCCACAGCUCCCUGGACCCCAAAUUCUAACACCAUCCAAUUCGGACGCUCAUCGCAUCUCGCCUGAGUACAACCACGGAUUGCGAACUCAGCGCAGCGCGUGGCCGCUGACCGUCCGCGGCGAUCUCCAUCACGCUGACCCGAAUCCUGGAGUCAGAGGUUUCCUAUCCCACUCAAGCCCCCAAAGGAGUCACCACCCCAGGGCCGGCAUAUGGGUGAGGGGGCACCCCCUGGGGCCUGAGCUGCCCCGCACAGGAUGCCCCGUGCCCCCCACUUCAUGCCCUUGCUGCUGCUGCUGCUGCUCUCACUUCCCCAUACUCAGGCUGCCUUUCCCCAGGACCCCCUCCCUCUGUUGAUCUCUGACCUUCAAGGUUCUUCCCCAUUAUCCUGGUUUCGGGGCCUGGAGGAUGAUGCUGUGGCUGCAGAACUUGGGCUGGACUUUCAGAGAUUCCUGACCUUGAACCGGACCUUGCUAGUGGCUGCCCGGGAUCACGUUUUCUCCUUCGAUCUUCAAGCCCAAGAAGAAGGGGAAGGGCUGGUGCCCAAUAAGUAUCUAACAUGGAGAAGCCAAGAUGUGGAGAACUGUGCUGUACGGGGAAAGCUGACGGACGAGUGCUACAACUAUAUUCGUGUUCUUGUUCCCUGGGACUCCCAGACGCUCCUUGCCUGUGGAACGAACUCAUUCAGUCCUGUGUGCCGCAGCUAUGGGAUAACUUCGCUGCAGCAGGAGGGUGAGGAACUGAGUGGGCAGGCUCGAUGCCCCUUUGAUGCCACCCAGUCCAACGUGGCCGUCUUUGCAGAGGGCAGCCUAUACUCAGCCACAGCUGCGGAUUUCCAGGCCAGUGAUGCUGUAGUUUACAGAAGCCUUGGGCCCCAGCCCCCACUCCGCUCCGCCAAGUACGACUCCAAGUGGCUCCGAGAGCCACACUUUGUCCAUGCCUUGGAGCAUGGAGACCAUGUCUACUUCUUCUUCCGCGAGGUCUCUGUGGAGGAUGCUCGGCUGGGGAGGGUGCAGUUCUCCCGCGUAGCCCGAGUAUGUAAACGUGACAUGGGCGGCUCGCCUCGGGCCUUGGACCGCCACUGGACAUCCUUCCUGAAGCUGCGGCUCAACUGCUCUGUCCCUGGGGACUCUACUUUCUAUUUUGACGUUUUACAGGCCUUGACUGGGCCUGUGAACCUGCAUGGCCGCUCUGCUCUCUUUGGGGUCUUCACCACCCAGACCAAUAGCAUCCCUGGCUCUGCCGUCUGCGCCUUCUACCUGGAUGAGAUUGAGCGUGGAUUUGAGGGCAAAUUCAAGGAGCAGAGGAGUCUGGAUGGGGCCUGGACUCCUGUGUCUGAGGACAGGGUCCCCUCACCCAGGCCAGGAUCCUGUGCAGGAGUAGGGGGAGCUGCCUUGUUCUCUUCUUCUCGAGACCUCCCUGAUGAUGUCCUGACCUUCAUCAAGGCUCACCCGCUGCUGGACCCCGCUGUACCACCUGCCACUCAUCAGCCUCUACUCACUCUCACUAGCAGGGCCCUACUGACCCAAGUAGCUGUGGAUGGCAUGGCUGGUCCUCACAGUAACAUCACAGUCAUGUUCCUUGGCUCCAACGAUGGGACAGUGCUGAAGGUGCUGCCCCCAGGUGGGCGAUCCGGGGGACCUGAGCCCAUCCUCCUGGAAGAGAUUGAUGCCUACAGCCCUGCUCGGUGCAGUGGGAAGCGGGCAGCCCAAACAGCACGACGGAUCAUAGGGCUGGAGCUGGACACUGAGGGUCACAGGCUCUUUGUGGCUUUUUCUGGCUGUAUUGUCUACCUCCCUCUCAGCCGGUGUGCCCGGCAUGGGGCCUGUCAGAGGACCUGUUUGGCUUCUCAGGACCCAUACUGUGGAUGGCAUAGCUCCAGGGGCUGUGUGGAUAUCAGGGGACCUGGUGGGACUGAUGUGGAUCAGGCUGGCAACCAGGAAUCCAUGGAGCAUGGUGACUGCCAAGACGGAGCUACUGGAAGUCAGUCUGGCCCUGGGGAUUCUGCUUAUGUGCUUCCGGGUCCUGGCCCUUCCCCUGGGACCCCCAGUCCCCCCAGUGAUGCCCACCCCCGGCCCCAGUCUUCCACUCUUGGAGCUCGCACUCGGGGCGUGCGCCGGGACCUGCCCCCAGCCUCGGCCUCCCGCUCCGUCCCCAUCCCACUCCUCCUGGCCAGUGUGGCUGCAGCUUUUGCCCUGGGCGCCUCAGUCUCUGGCCUCCUGGUCUCCUGUGCUUGUCGCCGCGCCCACCGACGUCGGGGCAAAGACAUCGAGACUCCGGGGCUCCCGCGCCCUCUCUCCCUCCGCAGUUUGGCCCGGCUCCACGGUGGGGGCCCAGAGCCCCCGCCGCCGUCCAAGGACGGGGACGCGGUGCAGACGCCGCAGCUCUACACCACCUUCCUGCCGCCUCCGGAGGGCGUGCCCCCGCCGGAGCUGGCCUGCCUGCCCACCCCCGAGUCCACGCCGGAGCUGCCGGUCAAGCACCUCCGCGCCGCCGGGGACCCCUGGGAGUGGAACCAGAACAGGAACAACGCCAAGGAGGGCCCGGGCCGCUCACGGGGCGGGCACGCGGCGGGCGGGCCUGCUCCCCGCGUGCUGGUGAGGCCGCCGCCGCCCGGCUGUCCCGGGCAGGCCGUGGAAGUCACCACUCUGGAGGAACUGCUGCGCUACCUGCACGGCCCGCAGCCUCCCAGAAAGGGGGCCGAGCCCCCCGCCCCUUUAACCUCGCGGAUGCUUCCGCCGGAGCCCGCCCCCUCCCUCUUGGGCUGCCCCAGCCCCAGGUCCCACGAGUGCGCCCCGCCACUGAGGCUGGACGUGCCCCCCGAGGGCAGGUGCGCCUCUGCCCCCGCCCGGCCCGCGCUCUCCGCCCCCGCUCCCCGGCUGGGCGUCGGCGGAGGCCGGAGGUUACCUUUCUCCGGCCACCGGGCCCCCCCUGCCCUGCUCACUCGAGUCCCCUCGGGAGGUCCCUCCAGGUACUCCGGGGGUCCCGGGAGGCACCUCUUGUACCCGGGCCGGCCGGAGGGCUACCGGGGCCGCGCCCUGAAGAGGGUGGACAUCGAGAAGCCCCAGUUGUCCCCGAAGCCUCCCUUCGUCGGGCCCUCCUCCCGCCAGGCCGUCCCGAACGGCGGCCGUUUCAACUUUUAAAGGGAGCAGCCCACAGCCUCCAGCGUGGGGGGCGCCCGAGUCCUUUCGGCCGCGAGCUGGACGCUCUUCAGGACGUCUCACCGCCCCCUCGCCCCGCACCUCCAGCCUUCCCGACUCGAAGUCUCCCGAGGCCCCUUUUCGCCUCGGGUUUAUUUAUUGACUGUCUUUCCCCCUGUCCUCGAGAGAGGAGUGGGAGGUGAGAAGCCCGUCCCCUCAGUGAGCCAGCAUUUCGCGGGGAGCUGGCGGACUCCCACUCCCCGCUCCCUUCCAGCCAAGCUGCCUUAACUCGCCCCUCGGGGCUCCCGCAGAGACUGGGCCCCGGCGGGCCGCGCGCGCUGUGUCCAGAGUCCUCGGGCCUCCCGGGUCUGGGACGUGCCUCUCCUACUGUGUAGGAGCCUCCGCUUCCCAAUACAGCCGUGUCCGCAGCCGCUGCCUGACUUUACUCGGGCAGGGGAGGGCGGCAGUCGGUCGGCUCGCUCUGGGCGCCCUCGCCCUCUGCCUUUAUCUGGGCCCCGGGCUCUCCCGGGUAAGGGGAUGGCUGCGGUCUCGCCGCGGGGGCAGUCUGGAAAGGUUUCCUAAAGGAGACGAGCGAACUAAUGGUGUCGAGGUGAGCCAGGGCCCAGGAGACCCCGUAAAGUUUAGUUGGGGCUGGGGAACGCCCUCGGAGCUCGUUUCCCGAUUGAGGUAAGAGGGACUUUCUUAAAGGCCUAGUCUAUGGGAUGGGGAGGCGGAGGGAAUUUUUUGAGAAAUAAAAUGAAGCUACAGCGUACGUU